ACAUGUGAAGGGUGUAAGCAGCACAUUAUCAACCUCGCGUCGACCAUCCCGAUGUUUUGUAGAUCGAGGGCAAACGGAGCAGCCGGUCUCAACAUAUCCGGACGGGACCCCGGUGUAUUCGGACGCAAAGUCAGCCUACAGACUGACAGCUCGUUGGUCGAAAUGCACCGUCUUUUUGGAGAAAAAGCCUGUUUGAUUACGACGGACCUCCGGACAACCAACUGACCCGCAUGAGGAGGGACUCGCAGGAGCAUUUUAUUUUCCUGGCGAAAUUAGGUUACGGACCUUGAUGGCUCCUCUACUCGGAUGCAAUCACACGCCCAUGCGACGAUGCCUGUGGAUGUUGCUGCCCUCAGCGUCCAGGUUAGGCUACAGUAAAUGCAAAUUGUUUACGUAUUAAAAAUAAUAGUAGGCUACUGUUCAUUUGGGGCAGAAGGCGCAUCAGUGACUGGCAUCUAUCAAAUUUGCGGGAAUUACCGAUAAUCUAUUUAUUAUUAUUAUUAUUAUUAUUAUUAUUAUUAUUGUUAUUAUUAUUAUUAUUAUUAUUAUUAUUAUUAUUAGGCCGAUCCGUUUUAUUUUAAAGAUGGUGAGUCUCUUUAUCACUGACAGCCAAAGGAAACAAGAGGCUCCCUUCUUCGCCUUAUUCCAUCACGUCAACUCGGAUCAGAGAUACUGUAAUGUUGCGACUGAAAAUUGCAAUGCCUGCUCGGAAACCUUCGUUGAAUUUAAUUCUCUCGCUGUCGCUAUCGUGUGAAGGUUUCUGUGCCUCAUCAUCAUCAUCAUCAUCAUCAUCUCUGUUGAAGAGCUUGCCAAAGUCGGCGACUUUAACUGCAAGGCCAAUGAUUCAUUGAUUAGGCAGCUGAAACUGUAGGAGAAUAAUGGUAAAUACUGACAUCGCUGCGCUCUCUCCAGUAAAGAGGAGUUUCUUUAGUCUACAGGUUUCACACGGAGGGCGUCCUCACACGGACAUAAUCACAAAUGGUCACCAUGUAGACCACCUAGUGAAAUAGGCCGCACAAAAAAUGUAACGAGGCAUGUUUGUUGUGCUCAGACUUCAUUGGAUGCUCAACAGUGUUAUAUAGUGAUAUACCUGCUUCCCUGUUGGGUUGUUUCUGUAAUUCCCUAUCUCAAAAUGGACGAGCAUUUUUUGCUAAGGGCUAUUCAGGAACAUUGAACUGGCUUAUGGUUGGCCAUGCAUGUAGGAUUUAGCCUGGACCAGCCGGUCAGGAUGUAGGGCAAAUAUCCGCGGAUAUUUCCAAAUACAACAUAGAAAGAAAACAGCCUAUAGCCUAUUCAUGGAGAUGCCUGACGGGGGAGGUGCAUCUAAACUGGGCUUGUUAAGAGAUGGACCCGUGCUCAGAGGAUUGUACUCAGCUGAAAUACACACCAUUUUGAUUCAGUUUUUAUAGGCAGCCUAAACAGCCCAUAUUCCUUAGCAAAAACCGAUCCCAGAAUCAGCUGAAUUUUAGUAUUGGUGCAUUCCCUCUGAGUGUGUUACUAUCAUUAACCUGUCCUAACAGACUUAGUAGCCUUCCCCCUGUAGGUCUAAACCUCUGAGUCAAGACAGCUGUUCCCAGUGAGCUUAAAUGCAGCAUUGAUCAUUCAUUAAUCACCAGGGCAAAAAUUAAAUAAUAAUAAUAAUAAUUCAAAGACUUACAGUUGUUGAAUCCGUGAACCCAGGCUUUGUUUUCACUGCAUCUAAAGACUGUAAGAGCCCACCUAGAUAAUAAUACUGCUGUCGGAAAUAAGUAAUGAGUGUAUGUUUGCUUUUGAAAUGAUCCUACUCAGUUGUGAGACCAGUGAAAGUGAUAACUGCUGAAUUUGAGUUCACAACUGACAAUGAGCUCCUCAGAUUGAGGACAUCAAUGGCUUUUUUGUGGAUUUUAACAGACCUGCUGUUUCUCAGAUGAACACAUGCUCACAUCUCCCGUCAGCGACUUUGGCAGCUUUCUGCAAGACAGAAUUUUGGAAACUAUCAAUUAGGUUUCUCAGGGAUACAAGCAUGGAACUGCUGUGCUGAGUGUCAUUAUUUGACCUGAACACUGUCCCUGUGUGAACUUGCCUUUGGGAAUACAUGUUACUUACAAACUGCAUAGCAACAGCACAGCUACCAGCGACAGGGCUUGGCACUGUUUCAACAGCGAGGUAUGUUGACGGGAGAGAGGAGCUGCAGCUCUGUGAUCUGCUGAUCCCCUCUCCCCUCUGGUGGUCGAGGAGGCCUCGUCUCAGUCAAUGGGCCCUGUAUGGAUUUUGUGCGUGAGUUGACACAGGGCAGGCCCACAGCGCCAACCAGCAGCCAGGCUGCCAUGGACCCAUACGGCAGAGCGAGCAGCACAGCCGCCCCCCUGCCUUGCACCAGCUGCGGGGGCUGCUGCUCCCCACCUCCCCCUUGCCUCAUCCCCCCGGGGCCUCCUUCCUCAACUACCUCGUCCUCCUCCAUGCCCCCCCACAUGACCCCGCCACCGCCAAUGUGUCCCGCCCUGGCGGUGCAGGUGGAGAACGGCAGCAGCUGGAACUCCUCCACCAUAUCCUCCUCCGGCUCCCCUGACUCCCACCCUGGCCAUCGCUGCGGGGCCACCAACCCCAACCCCAACCCCUACUGGACAGCAGUGUUUGACUAUGAGGCCACAGCAGAUGAGGAGCUAACCCUGCGGCGCGGGGACCUUCUUGAGGUCCUCUCCAAAGACUCCAAGGUGUCCGGGGAUGAGGGUUGGUGGACGGGCAAGAUCCAAGACAAGGUGGGCAUCUUCCCCAGCAACUAUGUCACAAGGAGGGAUGCUACCAGCUACCCACAGCUGACGUCAGGAGGGCUGGUGGCAGGUGGGGUUGGAGUGGGCGAAUGCCCGUUGGAGAUUGACUUCUCAGAACUGCUCCUGGAGGAGGUCAUCGGAGCAGGUGGGUUUGGGAAGGUGUAUAAAGGAGUGUGGCGGGGAGAGGAGGUGGCAGUAAAGGCUGCCAGACAGGACCCCGACGAGGACAUUAGUGCCACAGCAGAGAGUGUGCGGCAGGAGGCCAGGCUGUUCUGGAUGCUCCGGCACCCCAACAUAAUCGCCCUCCGGGGUGUCUGCCUGCGGGAACCUAACCUGUGCUUAGUGAUGGAGUAUGCCAGAGGAGGGGCGCUGAACCGGGCUCUGGCUGGAAAGAAGGUUCCCCCAAAGGUGCUGGUGAACUGGGCUGUGCAGAUUGCCACAGGGAUGGACUACCUGCACAACCAGACAUUUGUACCUGUCAUACACAGAGACCUCAAGUCCAGCAACAUCCUCAUCCUGGAGCCGGUGGAGCGGGACGAUCUGAGCGGGAAGACCCUGAAGAUCACAGACUUCGGCCUGGCCAGGGAGUGGCACCAAACCACCAAGAUGAGUGCGGCGGGCACCUACGCCUGGAUGGCCCCCGAGGUCAUCAAGCUCUCGCUCUUCUCCAAGAGCAGCGACGUGUGGAGUUUUGGUGUGUUGCUGUGGGAGCUGCUGACCGGGGAGGUUCCAUACCGGGAGAUCGACGCGCUGGCGGUGGCUUACGGCGUCGCCAUGAACAAGCUCACGCUGCCCAUCCCCUCCACCUGCCCAGAGGCUUUCGCUCAGCUGCUGGGAGAGUGCUGGAGCUCCAACCCGCACAGCAGACCCUCCUUCACCAGCAUCCUGAUGCGGCUGCUGGCCAUCGAGCAGUCCGCAUUGUUCCAGAUGCCGCUGGAGUCCUUCCACUCCUUACAGGAAGACUGGAGGCUGGAGAUUCAGCAGAUGUUCGACGAGCUCAGGGCCAAAGAAAAGGAGCUCAGGUCCUGGGAGGAGGCCCUGGCCAGAGCAGCUGAGGAGCAGCGGGAGCAGGAAGAGCAGCUGAGAAGGAGAGAGCAGGAGCUGGCAGAGAGGGAGAUCGACAUCGUGGAGCGAGAGCUGAACAUCAUCAUCCACCAGAUGUACCAGGAGAAACCCAGGGUCAAGAAAAGGAAGGGCCACUUCAAGAAGAGCAGAUUACUGAAGCUGGGCAGAGACAGCAACUGCAUCAGUCUGCCCUCUGGCUUUGAGCAUAAGAUCACAGUGCAGGCAUCUCCCAGUGUUGACAAGAGGAAAACCCAGGGGAGCGAGAGCACCACGCCCCCUGCCAGCCCAGGGGUCAUACCCAGACUGAGAGCCAUACGAUUGACACCAAGUGAUGGAAGUAAGACAUGGGGCCGUAGUGCUGUUUGUAAGAAGGAAGAUCUUUCCACCAGCAAGAAAAAGGGACGCACCUGGGGACCGAGUUCCACCCACCAGAGAGAGAGGGUCGGCGGGGAAGACAAGCUGAAAUCACUGGGUGAGGGGUGCAAAGUGUGGUCGUCUAGCGCCCCUAACCUGGGAAAGUCCCCCAAACAUGCACCCAUGACUGCUGGAUUCUCCAGCCUCAAUGAAAUGGAGGAGUGCUGUGAGUUUGAGGAGUCACCCGGGUCCUUAAUGCCCUCGGAGCCCAGCAGUAACGGGGCCAUGGAGGAAACCGGGUCCCUGUGGAGCGGCCUGGGGCCCGGUGUGGUGCCUGGCGCUGGUGGGUCCCAUGCCGGCACCUGUCUGGGGCCUGGAGGCCUGGGGACCGGGAUGGGCUACCAGGACUCCCUGCGUCGCUGCAGCCAAAGGAAGAAAAGCGAUCUGCUGUUUUUGGGCUGUGCCUCUCUGCUGACAUCUGUGGCCCUUGGACAAGACUUACUGCAGCUGGGGAAACUGCAGGUGCUCCAGGAUGAGCAGGACCUCCGGGAGGAGCAGCGUAAAAAGAAGGAGGGUCUGUUCCAGCGGACGGGACGAUUCCGCCGCAGCACCUCUCCACCCAGCCGCAACCUUUCCCUGUCUCUCUCCCGGCAUCAUGACUCCACCCUUCCCUGCAUGGACCCCUCCCCCUCUGUCACACUCCUCUCCUUGUCCUCUCUCUCCGACUGCAAUUCCACCAAGUCUUUACUUCCCUCUGACCCCGACGACUUCCCCUCGACCCCCAUGGCAGGGAUCAAAAUACCAGUUGCGACUCCGGCCCCUUCCCUCAACCCGCUCCUAGACCUGCGGGCGGAGAGCUUCAAGAAGGAGCCCAACCAGUCGCUCACACCCACCCAUGUGUCUGCAGCCAUGGCCAUGAACAGGGGACAUAGACGCACCCCAUCAGAUGGGGCAAUACGGCCCCGGGCCCAGACUCUGGGACAUCACAGGACGCCCUCAGACGGAAGCAUGCCCAUGCCUCCUCCACCGGGAGUGCCCACCAUCACAACACACAAAGGUUCAGAGGAUACCCUGGAUAUCCCUCGACUCCCAGACCCCUCCACCAUCUUUCCAGUCAUCCACCGCCGUAAAGCCCCUCCUCCACCUAUCCCUGACCCUGAUCCCCUCUGCCUCAUCAGCCCCCUGGAGCGACCCAAGACUCUAGAGUUCGCCCCCCGGCCCCGGCCCACCCCGGCCAGGGUGAGAGCCGACCCCUGGAAGCUGGGCUCUCUUUCGCGGACCCUGAGCUCUUCGCCAGGCAGCAGCUGCGACAGUCCCCUCGGAUCUGGGGACAGCAGUGCGAGCGCAGCAAAGCCGAACUUGAUGGACAUGGACAUGGAGGGCCAGAAUUUGGACAACACUGUGCCCCUGUGUGGACAGCUACAACCUGCCACUCUGUGUGGACAGCAGUACUCCUAGUGGGAGGGGGAAGGUGAACAUUUUCGAGCCUAAUAGUUUGCAUACAGGCCCGUUUCAGGACAUCGCAGCUCGGGCUUGUCGCAGUCAGAAUAAGGAAUGCCUACCGAUGUCUGAGCCCAGAAAGUGCACACUUUGAAUCCUCUUGACGUGCAAACAUCCAACCUGCUAGUCAUGUAUGUUUUGGAAGCCAUCCCUUCAUUGUGCCCUUCAGUAUGAGUGCCGUAAUGAGGCUCCCUUUCCCUUAUAUUCUGCUAUCCUACGCAGGGUCCCGAAGGCCUCCAGUAAGCCUUGAUGCGUGUGCGCUGUCUUCUCGGUACACACCCACCUACCUUCCCCGGCACUUAGUUUCCCCUCAGAAGCCAUUGUUGACCGCUCUUGGCCAAGCUGCGUUUCCCUCAAAACUCAAUAUUUGAAUUCAAACCUUAAAAAAGCCAUUGAAGUACCCAGAAUGCCACCUUUAAACUCCAUUUACCUGUUCAUUUCUAUGCAUCUGCUUGUGCUUUUUCUGUCUGUCUUUCUAGCUGCCCUCCCUCGGCUUGUGUCACUCCACUCAUCUUUUUCCUCUUUGUCGCCCACACAGAAGACUGGAUGGAUCAUGAGCCAGAGAAAUGUUUGAGCGCUUCAGUGUUUGACCUUGACAUUAAUUCUCUUUCUUUGCCCUGAGACACAGAGGGACCGGACUAAUUAUACAUUAAGUUCUUAAACGAGUGUCCUUGUUCAUAUUUUGCACGCAUACAUGGUAGCCGUUCUGCAGAAAUACGCAGAAAUUUCCUGUUUUGUCUCCUCAGUCAAAACCUCUAAGAAGUACCCCGCCGCAUUUAGUCAUUUAGUCAUUGCUUUAAAGAGUUUGCCAGUGAAAGGGCAUCCUCAUUAUCCCACCCCGUAGCUGUUCUGCCUUUUACCGUAUCCUCAUAUUUCAUCUCUCUGUGUAGGGGCUGUCAUCCUUUUCUCUUGAAGACUGAGACAGGGACAAGGAAAGCCUUUUUCACAGCGCGGGUGGACUGGUUUUAUCCUCAGCCAUGUACCGUUAAAAAAACAGAGAGUUUAUUUUCUCAAAGCUUGUACCAUUCCUGCUGUAACCUCUCAGCAACGCGUUUUCUAUAGGUCCGGUGAGCCCAGGUGGAUUUCUGUUUGGGUGUAUGUGUGUAUACUGUACAUUGUUAAUGUGGGGAUGAACGCAGUCGAUUGCUUUUUUUGUGUUUGUGUCGCCGGUGUUUUUCAGUGCAUGUUAUAACAUGUGGAUGAUUUGCUGCUCAACAUACGCAGCACUUCUUUGGGGGAAAAAAGACCACUGGUUGCUAUAACGCAUUCUCAUCUCUGUCUUUUAGACAUUUGACAAAAACAUUCCUCACUAGCAAUCACCACUCCUCAUACCUUAGAGUCACGAAAAUAAGAGCCAUGGGUGAUGUUCAGUUUGACCCAACAUCGAGGGGAGAAAUUCACCCUGAUUCCCCGUAAAUGACUUCAAUCUCGAGUUCAUCCCUGAUCAUUUGGAGGGUCGAUACGCUCUCCUCACUUACUGUAUUGAACAUCAGUGGCACUUUAAUAGCCACGAUGUGCAACUCGUUUGUCUUUCUGUGGACUAGUGGACUCGGCACACCAUGCUUUAGCUAAGGGUGACGAGUCGAUGCAGAGCUCUGGAGUUUUUGUUGUUGAAGGUGGACAUGAGCGCAGUGCUCCUGUCAGACUGCUGUAAGGAGCUGGGAAAAUAAGCCCACUGCUAUUGUUAUGCUAUUUUUUUUUUUUUUUUUUUUUUUUAAACCUGCACAGUUAGUCUCGGCUGCAGAUGGUAUUUACUUGACUGUGCAAAUUUAUGUGGGUGCGAGUUUGUGUGUGUGUGUGUGUGUGAGUGUGUAUAUGUGUGAAUAUGCGUGUGUGGGUGUUAUUUGUAUGGGAUGAUGACAAUCCCAUAGAUAGAAGAGUGAGCCCAAACUCAUUCUCCUUGUGUGGUUAAGAAAACUGAGUAUUUAUUGAAUUUAUUGUUAUUAUUGAAAUAAUAAUUAAUUAUUAUUACAAUGCUCUUCCCGGGAUAUCUGUAUAUAUUUGUUAAUAUAACACAGGCAAACCAAGGAAAACCUAGGAAACUAUGUACUGAUAUGUCUAUGUACAGCUGUCUCCAGUCUCAACCUGUGACAUUUCUGGGUUUAAAUGAGGAACGUGUGAAAUGUGAUGAAUGAUUGCCUUGAGAGACAGAAUAAAAGACGAAGAAAGAUG